UGGUGCCGCAGGAAGAGGGCGUGGUUAGGACACGUGGGGUAGCAGUGACGUCAGGGGUAACGGCUCCGGCGGGCGGGUCCAAUUGCCCGCUUCACUUGCCGAGCGGGGCGGUGUCCGCACAUCAUCGUGGCGGCUGAGGGACGGAGGUCGGUGCUCAAGAACCAUGGAACACAGCUUUCUGAAGUUUCUGCUCCUCGUCUCACUCUGCUCAGCCUUUGGGUCUGCCCUGCAGUGCUACGUGUGUGAAACUGAGGAAGACUCUCUGUGCAAAACACAGUCAUGUAUCACUGGCCAGAAUGCCUGCCUCAACGUCACCUUCCACACCAAACAGUUUUUCCGUCGCUGCUGGAACAAGAGUAAGUGCAACAUCAAAGAUAUCCAAUCGGAGUUUAAUAUCGAAUCGGGUCUGAGUUUAUCCUGCUGCAGCUGGGACCUCUGCAACUCCAAGAGUGGUGUCGCCCCCGGAGCUCCUGUACAUUCCUUGCUGGGGCUGCUCUCGACUUUUGCCAGUCUGCAUUUGUUCUGCUUCAGAAGCUGAAAACGCUCCAUUCCCUCCUGUAAUCACAUUUUCCAAUUCACAAUGAAGGAAGGAAGAAUUGUCCUGUGCUGAGUUACAAAUAAGCCAGUAAGCGUAUGUGGUCUCUGUGGCAGCAUUGUGUUUGUCCUCAUUUUCUCAUCUGGCCUGCUGCUGAAAAGAGCCAGCACUGUCCCUGUCCAGAAGAUCGGGGUCAUGUGCUUGCUGCCAGUAAACCAACACAGCCUGCUUCCCUGCACUGGACAGCAUCUAACUCCAUAUCAUUUGGGAGUGUGAAUGGCUUUUGUCAUGUGGCCCAGCCCAGGCUUGUGCUAAUGAUAUCUAACCAUCCCAUUGCGGUUUAUUUUACUACCCCCUCUCGCUUGUAAUCCCAAGGCUGACUUAACUAGUAACUGGAAUGGACAGACUGAAUCUGUCCUCAUUCUGCCUAACCCAGAAGUAUAAGCAGCAGCUAAUCAUAGCUUGGUUGCUUAUUAAUUUACAAUGAUGUGGGGUAAAAAUGAUUUGUACAUUGUAAGAAACACUUGGCUGAUGCUUUUGUACUGUAUUUUGCAAUAUUGAUGACAAAUAAAAGCCUUUUGGGGAAAGCAGGGUUU